GGAUAUAUGUACAACACAGGAAUAAUUGUUUGGGUCUACCUUAAAACUUCCUGUUUUUGCUUUUAUGGUUCACCCGCCGGAUACUCCAAAUCCUUCCGCAGACUCUAAUCGUGCCGCGUCUUUACUGAUCGUGCCGGGUCUUUACCAUUGUAGAUACGUGUCGGCAACUCUACUGGGUCCCACACCCAAUUUUAUUAGGUAGUGUUCACUAUUGUCUUGACACUGCACUUCACUUCAGUUCAGAGACUCUCACCAGAGACAGAUAAAGAUGUCGGAGAAGAGAUUGGUAUGCGUAACCGGAGGUAGCGGAUUCAUCGGUUCCUGGCUCGUACGUCUCCUUCUCGGCGGUGGUUACACCGUCCACGCCACCGUCCAAAACCUCAAUGAUGAGAAAGAAACGAAGCAUUUGAAGUCCCUAGAAGGAGCUGAAUCUCUGCAUCUCUUCCAAAUUGAUCUUCUGGACUAUGAUUCUGUGUUUUCAGCUGUUAAGGGAACUGUUGGUGUUUUCCAUUUAGCUUCUCCUUGUAUUGUUGAUACAGUUGAUGAUCCUCAGAGGCAAUUGUUGGAUCCUGCAGUAAAGGGAACAAUGAAUGUGCUUAAAGCAGCAAAGGAAUGUGGAGUGAAACGAGUUGUAUUAACUUCAUCGAUUUCAGCCAUUACGCCGAGUCCUAAUUGGCCAGCUGAUGUACCUAAAAGGGAGGAUUGUUGGGCUGAUCUUGAUUAUUGCAAGCAAAAUGGAUUAUGGUACCCAGCUUCUAAAAUAAUGGCAGAGAAAGCCGCAUGGGAUUUUGCUAAGGAAACAAGGCUAGAUGUGGUCGUGAUCCACCCCGGAACUGUAAUGGGACCUAUAAUUCCGCCCGCUGUCAAUGCUAGCAUGUUGAUGCUGAUUCGCCUCAUACAAGGGUGUACUGAAGAGUAUGAGAAUUUUUAUAUGGGACCAGUUCAUGUGAAGGAUGUUGCUCUAGCUCAUAUUCUGCUGUAUGAGAACCCAGCGGCGUCAGGAAGGCAUUUGUGUGUUGAAGCUAUACGUCAUUACGGUGACUUUGCAGCCAAAGUUGCAGAACUUUACCCCGAGUACAAUGUGCCCAGGAUACCAAAGGAUACCCAGCCAGGAUUAUUGCGAACUGAGGAUGGAUCUAAGAAACUCAUGGACUUGGGAAUACAGUUUACCUCGAUGGAGCAAAUCAUUAAGGACUCGGUGGAGAGUUUAAAAGAGAAAGGAUACAUUUCUUAAACGUAUGUAGCUGCAGUUAAAUUUGUUUUUUUGAAGCAUAGUUGCAAUUAAAUUGCUCAUACUGAACUUAUUCGUAAGAUUUCAGUAAAAUCAAAAGACGCUGAAUAAUAUGAGAACGAAUUUCUAUGCCUGAAAUAUAUCUCGUCUCUAUGCAAAAAUGAAAGAGUUAGGCUCA